AAUAGAGUAGUGCAGAUGUGUUCUAUCAGCCCACACAGGGGAUGGCCUUCCACACAGCAUCACUACCAACAGUAUCUCUGCACAUGUGGGUUGUGAGACAGCAGAGCUCCAGUGGAGAGAGUGUGUUAGCCUGAGUCGGGGCCCGGGGCCUACUGCAGGAGUUCUACACGCAUCCAAGUCUUGCCUUAUCCAGCCCAAUCCAGCCAUUUUCUGACCUGCCAAGCCCAGCCGAACACAGCACAGCACAUCAAGCUCUGCACAACCCAGCCAUGGAUGCCCUGUCCUCCCUGAGCUCCUCAACCUCCUGCCCCUACCUGUACCUCUGGAGUAGCAACAUCACCAACAACAGCAGUAGAAGCAGUAUUAGCAACAAUGUGAUCCUUGAGCACUACAACCACACAGGGCGCCUGCAGCACCGCGGGCCCCGCCAAGGUGGCCUGAGCUUGGGCGCGUUCCUCUCCCUCUUCAUCAGCAUCCUCAUCAUCCUGGAGAACCUGCUGGUCCUGGUGGCCGUGCUCUCAAGGAUCCGCAACAGCCACCGCUGGGUCUACGUGUGCAUCGCCAACAUCACCCUCAGCGACUUGCUGGCCGGGGCGGCCUACGUGGUCAACAUCUGCAUGUCUGGCAGCCAGACGUUCAGACUGAGCGCAGCUCUGUGGCUGUUCAGGGAAGGGGUGAUGUUUGUGACCUUGGCUGCCUCUAUCUUCAGCCUGCUGCUGAUAGCAGUGGAGCGCUACACCACUAUGAUGAAGCCGCUGCACCAGAAGUCAGCCAGGAAGACAUGUCGUAUCUACGUCCUGGUGGCGCUGUGCUGGAUCCUGGCCUUCGCCAUCGGCUUUCUCCCCCUGCUGGGAUGGAACUGCGUGUGCAGCCUGGAGAGCUGCUCCACCCUGCUGCCGCUCUACUCCAAGAGCUACAUCUUCUUCUCUCUGCUCAUCUUCUCCCUCAUCCUGCUGGCCAUCGGCGUGCUCUACGGCGCCAUCUACUGCCACGUGCGCAGCAGCGCCAAGGUGGGAUCCCAGCGCAGCCGCAAGCGAUCCCUGGGGCUCCUGAAGACGGUAAUCUCCAUCGUGGGUGUGUUCAUCAUGUGCUGGGGCCCUCUGUUCGCCCUGCUGCUCCUGGACUUUUUCUGUGUGUCGCGGCAGUGCGCGCCCCUCUUCAGUGCCGACUGGGUCAUUGCUCUGGCCGUGCUCAACUCUGCUCUGAACCCUGUCAUCUACGCCCUGGGUAGCACAGAGCUGAGGAAGGCCAUCGCAGGGCUGCUGUGCUGCUGCUGCCUUAGGGCAGGCCUCUGUCACCCUGAUGCCUUCGUGUCCAAGGAGACCAGCAGCACGGGGAGCACCAGGCAUAGUAGCCUGAGGAACAGUUUCAAUAAGGUCAGGAGUUUCAGUAUCAGCCCCCCGCCUGCACCCAAGGCCCCCAAGAAGAGCCGCCUCAGCUCCACCACCAGCUGCCUGUCUGUGUCGAGCGGUUAGACCACAAAGGGCUGCCUGGGGCAGACGUAGAUGUGAAAGAGAGCUCUCUUUGUGUCUGUGUGUGUCUGUGUGGGUCUGUGUGGGUCUGUGUGGGUCUGUGUGCGGGUGUUGGAAUUUAGAGAAAGCCCGCUAGCACAAGGGUAGUAGAAACAGGGUAGUAGAACAUGUAUCUCAUUGGCACAACUAUGAAGAUACAGCCUUGUUACAGCCUAGAUACAAGCAUGAUACAGCCAUGAAGAAACAGCCUAGAUACAAGCAUGAUACAACUAUGAAGAUACAGCCUACAUACAACCAUGAUACAACCAUGAUGCAACAUGAUACAGCCAUGAUACAGCCAUGAUACAACUUUAAAGAUACAGCCAUGAUACAACCAUGAUACAGCCUUGAUACAGCCUUGAUACAACUAUGAAGAUACAGCCUUGAUACAGCCACAAUACAACCAUGAUACAGCUUUGAUACAAGGCUAACGGUUUUCUCUGUUAUUAGUUUUGUUCAUUUUUUUGCCUUGUCAUCAGAUCAGGACCUGGCACAUGCUGAUUAAA